AUGCAAAGUCCACGUGAGAUCUCUUCCGAGAAUCAAGGUGCACUUACACCAGUGACCGCCCGUAUGGUUUCGAAACCCAAUGUUGACUUACCCGAAAUUGGAGCAACACCACGUAUGCUUGAUCCUUCAGCUGCACGUCAACCAUGGGCUCACCUUAGUGUUGAUACUACAAUCAAUCAUGUAACAGAUACUACUGAUCAUUUACAAUUUGGAGAUGUUACAGCUACGGUACCAAUUCCUGCUCCUGUGGCUAAUGCUACACAAACCACAAGUGCUGCAUCUUCGUUACGCUCUGGAUCGGGCUCUAGUCAAGUGGCUUUACCUGCUGGCCUAUUACCGGAACGAUACACGGCUGACUUGACACAUUGGCAGUCACCUGCUGACUUACCGGAACGACGAUUGAUGGUACAACGUAUCAUUGCCAUGACCCGCAGCAAGCGCGUCGAUGUUGCGACGUGUACGGACGCACGAACGCCGUCACUAGCGAAGCGUAUUGAGCUGUCGCUCUACUCGCGGGCUGCUUCGUUUCAUGAGUACCGUGACUUAAACACACUGCGCCGCCGACUGCAGUCGCUUGUAUCCCUGAGUUUUCACGAAGCGGCCGUGUCACGCCGUCGUGCAGCUGCACUCGUGCCUGGCAAUGCGCCCGUCACUGCAGUACCUCAACUUGGUAAGCGUAAGCGCCGAGCAAUGACACCGUUUGGUGUUUCCCGACUUAGUAUCAAGCGGCCGCGUCCGGAGUGCAUUGGAUCUACUUCUUCGAGCACACCGCGCACAAGUGCCCGCUUAAUUGAGGAGGCUUCAUUUUUUAUCAUGGACGAGGCCAUGCUGGGCCUUGUGUUUGCAUAUUUGCCAGGUCGUGAGACUAUCCGGUGUCUUCAGCUCAAUCGUUUCGCCCGCCGUGUAUUACCUCGUUGUGUGUUUACUCUUGAGGUGGAGCUUCGCCAGCUACAGCUCGCAUUCGUGUUAUACGCCGCAGCGAUGCCAAGCCAACCGGCAGCUACGUUAUUAUGCCAGUUCCCGAACUUGACUGGUCUCACUGUCUACAACUCGAUGAAACCGAUGUGUGAUCAGCAGGAGACUGGACCAGCACUUCAUGCUUGGGGUUGCAGUGAGCUGGACAUUUCACAUGACAACGCAGGCGAGGAAGUCGUCCAGCAGCUAGCCGAGGGUAUCGAGCUUGGUGCCUGUCGUCGACUCACGAGUCUCCGUCUCGUGUCGGUAUUUACCAAUACGUGUCGUGGCAAUGCGUUGCACCUAUUGUGUGCCGCUUUCGUCAAGGGUUCAUGUCCGAACCUGCAAGAUUUACUAUUGGGAGGCAAUGGGUUUUCGGACGUAGGUACAGUAGACGUCGCUUGGCUUCUCAAGGUCGGAUCGUUACCAAAAUUGGCACGUCUUGACAUUCGUCGCAACUACAUUGGCGAAUCGGGUCUCAAGCGUAUUAUGGCUGCGCUGCGUGUCGGUCGUUGCCAACAGCUGAAGUAUUUAUGCAUGGGUGGCAACAUUAUUACGGACAAUUGUGUUGCUCCGGUCGUGGAGCUGCUAUCAAGUGCUCAAUGUCCGCAAAUGCGUUUUCUUGGACUGGAGGAUAAUUUUCUAAGUGCACGGGGCGUGCAGUGCAUCAUUAAGGCGGCGGUUGCUGGCGGUAUGAUGCCAAAAUUACACCACGUUUCGUGCGAUGGGACGCUUGGUGCUGAUGAGACUCGAAGUGUACAGGCUGCAUAG